AUGCCCCAAGCCGUAAUGGCUCUAGAGACGGCAAGCAGUCUCUGGGGUCUCACCGUCAACCCGUUCAACAGCAGCUUUGGCGACGGGGUCCUCAUCGCCAUGAGAGCCGCCUUCAACGGGCUGUACGCCAUCCGUCCUACGGCCGACUGCAUGUCCAAGACCGGCAUACACAGCUGGAACCCGUCCCGAACGUCGAUCCGGGUGUCGUGCGGCCCUGGGACCCAUUCCAUGCGUGACCUGAAGAGAAUCACCGCCGUGCUGAACAGUGCCAAUGCCGCCUUUGAUGUAAGCUGUGCCCUGGUGCCUUGGAGACACGUUCCUGUCUCGGAGGAGAAGCUCGUCUUCGGGUUGCUGACGUACGACGGCGUGGUUACACCGCACCCACCGGUCCUGAGAGCCGUGAAAGAGGCUGUCCAGAAGCUCGAGGCCGCGGGACAUGAAAAUGAGCACAGAGAAGGGUUCGACUUUGCGGCAAAACAUGACCCGGCGCAGUGA